AUGCUCAUAUAAAGCCCCUGUAUUCAGAUUUCAAACAGACAUUUGCAAUAUUAAUAAUGUCUCGUCUGUCCGCUGAUGUCUAAUGCUUGCUCAUUAAGAUUAAUAUAAUUAUUUCACGCUUUACAUUAAACAGGUAAAAUUCGCGACUUUAAAGAACUAAUUUACCUGGCUGUUCAUGAAGUUUGCGUUGUAAGUGUAACGUACAAUACAAAGAGCCUUUCCUAUUAAUUUAAAAUCCCAAAAAUGGCUUCGGGGAGAGCUUUACUGUUUACUCAAUAGCAAUCAAUGGUUGCCAGGGCAACUCUGACACGUCACUAUGGAAUGUUCGUGGAUGACGUCACUUUGGGCCGCUAUAAAAGCUGAUUUGGAAUUGGAAAAUUUUAUUUCAUCGUCGCUUGUUAUGCGAGUAAUAUCACUGAGUGAAUAUCUGUCUGAACGAGUGCGAAAAUCUUGCUUAAUCGUCUUUUCAAAAAAGACCAGAAAUUCAGUUUGAAAAUAUCAAACGGCUCAAGAGCGAUCUCUCUCAGAACUGUGUAAACGAGAACUGUUGAAAAUCUCUGUAGAACAAGAGUUCUCCUUUAGGAUCAGAGAUGGCUUUUAACAAGAAUACAUCUUUUUCAUCAUCAUCUUCAUCGUCCUCAGUUGUGGAUGAAAUGUCAGAGAUGUCGCUGAGGAACACAUCUCUGGACUCAUCCGAUGAGGAUGUUUCCUCCAGUCACUGUACUGACAGGCUUGUGAAACAUCAACUGCUGAUGAACAAAUUCCUGGACCUUCAGUACAGAGCCCGAGAGCGCCAGGAGGAGUUUCAGUCACUGCUGGAGCGAUUUAACUAUAUACAGGAAUCGCUAGAAUGGGAGAUUGAAAAAGUGGAGAAAUCCAUGUUCAGCAUGGAGUGGCUGGAGGACUUGCAGAAGAUCAUUGAUGAGUUCCAGGCCAAUAUGGCAAACAAUGUGAGCCGCCUUCGAGAGAGCUUCAGAAAAAUGCAGGAGGUUGCCUCGAAAAAAGUUCUGACCGUGAAGGCAAAAGGUAAACCAGGAAAAGAUCUGGAUGCCAAAGUAGUUAAAAGCAUUCAGUCUCUGCCGACUUGUCCCACGGUAGCAGAAUUGAAGGCAAAUUCAACCGCUGCAUCAACGUACUCAUCAAAUCUGAUCAUCGCCUUGAAUAGCAUCACCAAAUCAUCCUCCUGCAGUCCAGCCACAAGCAAGGCACUAAAACUAUCAGCAGCGACCAUUGAAAACCUCAACAAGGCAUUUCAAGAUCACUGCUUGGAAAUUAAGACUCUCAAGACACCUAAAAAAAAAAGCAAGGUGGUUCAAGAUGUGAACAGAGACGUCUUAGUUUCUCCCGUGCACCAAAGUGGAUCUGCAGGUCAGCAGCAGAAGGUGAAAAAACUGCCUGCCUUUCCUGUGAAACCCAAGGCAGAUGAUUUUGGUUUCCCUCAGGUCAAAGAGCUUGUACGGGAGACAAAUGUUGAAGUGUUGCCACUAGAUAGACCAGUGAUAACAUUAGACACAGCUCCAAAAGACCUCCAGAAUCACACGAUCUGUCGAGGAGACAAAAGUUUCCACAGAGCAAAAGGCAAAUGUCAAAUCAUCUGA